AUAACUCCCGUUCAAGCCGUAAUAUCAACGCCACCGCCAUUAGAGGAGCAGCAGCCAACUGUGCGCACAUCUGCCAUUUCUGAGUCUCAGUCUGAUGAAACAAGCGUAGUUGAAUCUUCCGAAACAGAAAUAGCUGUGCAGCCAACUUCAACGGAGGUUGCUAGUAUUCCUACUGAAACAACUGGACGUAAGCGUUCUAGAGAAGAUAGUUUUGAAGAAACUACUACAACUGGUAAUGAUGUUCAGAUAUCUGACAAUACAAAUCCUAAUGUUGAAGUCGCGCCACAAUCUCCUGCUAGCAAAAACGAAGAAACGACGGUUAUAGCAGAAUCAGUAGAUAAUAAUCAAAUCGACACUAAUGAAUCAGAACAGCCAUCUUCUAAAAGAGUUAAG